AUGGACAAACACAUGGGCAAGAGUGGCACGAAUUUCAUCCGAGACAUGUCUCCUUGCCCUUCACCUUCCUCCUCCACCACCUCCUCCACCACCUCUUCCUCUUCCUCCACUCCCAUCUACUCCUCCUCAUCCUCCUCCUCCUCCACUCGAGUCCUCAACCUCUUCCUUCAUGUCUUUCUGGAUCCAUUGUUCCAAAACCCAAAUCGACUGGGACACUUAACCAUAGACAGUAUUGACGCGUUUCCGAGCGGUUCGCCAGGUGUUGUUACUGCAGUAAACCGCGGACUGAUUUGUGCCUCGUUCACAAAGAUGUCCUUAAAGAAGAUGUCUCUUUGUCUCCUGGUUCCAGGAAUAUCUUUACUGCUCUAUUUGACUUAUAUCCCUUUGACAGAAAAGUGGUUGCGAAGCACAGAAGAACCAACCAAGGAACAAUUUCAGGAAGAAGUAGGGAUUUACCAUGUCGCUUACCCCAGAAACUACGAAUUCAUCAUUGACCAGCCAGAUAUAUGUGAACAACAAAAGCCCUACGUGGUGGCAAUUGUCCCCGUGCGCCCUGGAGACUUUGAUGCACGCAAUGGCAUCAGGAAGACGUGGGGUGCACAAAAGGUUUUUGGGGACAAAGUGGUGCUGGUUCUGUUUCUUAUAGGCUUAGACAGUGGAAACGGUGAAGAGACGUUGCAGGAGCAACUCCGGAAUGAGAGCCAACAAUACAAAGACCUUCUGCAGAGCAACUUCCAGGAUUCCUACAGGAAUCUGACCAUCAAAACCAUGGUGAUGAUGGAAUGGCUCAGCAAAAAGUGUCAACAGGCGUCCUACGCGGUGAAAGUGGACGCAGACGUGCUCCUCAACAUGAACAACCUGAUAAACAUGCUUGUGAGUCUGAACACAGUACAACAAAACUACAUGACCGGGUUAGUGUGGUAUGACAGCCAUGUAAUACGAGACCCGUCCAACAGGUUUUUUCUCCCCUACGAUGUGUACUCCAGGGACAUAUAUCCUCCAUAUCCUCUGGGGAUGUGUUACAUAAUUUCUAUAGACCUCCCACAAAAGAUUCUACUGGAAUCAAAGGGAAUUAAGCCCAUUUAUAUCGAGGAUGCAUAUCUUGGAUUGUGUAUGGAGGGUUUAGGUAUCGUCCCCACCAACCCGCCAAACAUGGAACUGUUUGUGGUGAGACUACUGCAGUACAAUCGCUGUUACUAUUCUGGACUAAUAGCAAUACUUACAGAAAACACAAAUCAGAUGACUUCUUAUUGGACAGAUAUUUAUUCAUCCAGCCAACCAUGCUGAGGUGGAAAUAUCCCAACGAAUAGAAUAUAACUCAUAUUAUGUUUCUGACA